CUCGAUUGUCUUCGGCACUCCCAAUUGCCCCCCUCCAAUCAUGGAUCGACGGCCUUAGCAUCAAAUGGAACCUGAUUUGACCUCAAGUCUGGUGCUUCCCCAGUUUCUCCGCGGAGAUGCUGAGUGGAUCACGUCCUGACGGUUUGGCCAUUCUAAUUUCUAGUAGACAAGAAAAAAAAGUGGGAGCAAGAAAAAACUUCACCCGCCACGGCAUGCCGUCCACCCGACCCAACGAGGGGACCUAAAACCACUCACUCACCGGAAUAUAAAUAUCAGGAGGACUGACUCGAGCAGAACGUUUUUAUAUUAUCCCUCACAACAUCAAGAUCAUCUUAUCGCUCAUUCUUAAGCAUUCUGCAUUCGCUGAGCCGCAUAGAUUUGCCACCCUUUUUCUAAUUUGCAAUUACACAUACACACAUCAUGGGUCUCACCCCGGAGCAAACUGAUAUCAUCAAGGCCACCGUGCCUGUCAUCAAAGAGCAUGGCAAUGCCGUCACAUCAAUCUUCUACAAGAACAUGCUGGCCGCACACCCCGAGCUGAACGCCAUCUUCAAUUCCUCCAACCAGACCAAUGGCCACCAACCUCGUGCCCUUGCUGGCGCCGUUUUCGCGUACGCCGCCAACAUUGACAACCUUGGCGCCCUCGGUCCCGCCGUCGAGCUCAUCUGCAACAAGCACGCCUCCCUCUGCAUCCAGCCCGAGCACUACAACAUUGUGGGCAAAUUCCUGCUCGAAGCCAUGGGCGAAGUCCUCGGUGACGCCUUCACUCCCGCCAUCAAGGACGCUUGGGCCGCCGCUUACUUCCAGCUCGCCGAUAUCAUGAUUGGCCGUGAAGCCGCCCUGUACAAGGAAAGCGAGGGGUGGACUGAGUUCCGUGAAUUCCGCAUCGCCAAGAAGGUCCCCGAGUCCUCCGAGAUCACCUCCUUCUACCUGGAGCCCGUCGACGGAAAGCCUCUCCCCGCCUUCCGUCCCGGACAGUACAUCUCCGUGCAGCUCUUCGUUCCCCAGCUCAACCACCCCCAGGCCAGACAAUACUCUCUCAGCGACAAGCCCCGCCCUGAGUACUACCGUAUCUCGGUGAAGAAGGAGGCUGGUCUCAGUGCCACCGAACCCGGCGCCGAGGCUCACCCUGGUCUUGUGUCGAACAUCCUGCACGACCUCCAGAAGGAGGGCGACAUCAUCAAGGUGUCCCACCCUUACGGCGACUUUUUCCUCUCGGAUGCGGAGAAGCAGAGCUCCAGCCCCAUCGUUCUCUUGGCAGCAGGUGUGGGUCUGACCCCGCUCACCUCCAUCCUGAACACCGUUCUGGAGACCGAGGCCGUGACCCAGCGCAAGAUCUCUUUCGUGCACGGUGCACGCACCUCGGGCGCGCGCGCCUUCAAGCCUCAGAUCCGGGAGUUGGUCGCCAAGGUGCCCAACCUGCAGGCCUUCUUCUUCACCAGCCACCCCGAUGCCGAGGACAAGCAGGGCGAGGACUACGACUUUGCCGGUCGUCUGGACCUGAGCAAGCUGGACGCCAAGACCGCGCUAUACCUGGACGACGCGACGACGCAGUACUACGUGUGCGGUCCCGAGUCGUUCAUGGUGGACGUGAGGACCAAGUUGGCCGCCGAGGGUGUGGCCGCCGACCGCAUCAAGAUGGAGCUGUUUGGCACUGGUGGUAUUCCCGCUUAAUUUCAUCAUAGACAUAUAUCUGCUAUUGAUACAGAUAGACCAGAUUUGCAUUACGGGUUACGACAUUGUUGAUUGGCCUUGUUCAUUUAUACAUAGGUUAUUGUUUUGUUUAUAUACUUUACUGCUUGUUUAUAUAUAUAAUACCCACCUCCACUCAAUACAUUUCUGCUUACUCCAUUCACU